ACAGUAUGUUGAUAAUUUGUUGUAAUUGCAUAUUAGCGCCGUUAUUACAUGUUUCACAUUCCUGUCCGACUUUUUGAUGAAACAAAAGAAUGUGAUGUCAAGUUUGUAAUAUGUAUGCCUAGACUUAUUGAAAAGGUAAAAACUGUAUCUAAUAGUGCUCUUUACUUUACUAGGGUAAAAUUUCAUUUUUUUACUCUGCAAAUGAUUUCGUCGUAUGUCUAAGGGGGAAAUAUACACAUAUGGUGUAUUUUUUAAAUUUAUCUCACAAUCCUUACAACAUUGGAGUCUUACAAAAGUUCAUUAUUUGUUAAGAGGUUGUCAUCCCUUAAUUACCUAAUUAACAGGAGCUAGCGUGUUCCCUCCUUCUUAUGGCCAUUUCCCUUUCACCAGCGACCAUUGCACUUUUGAUGCAAAACUACAGACGAAUGCAAAUCAUGUUGAUACCAUUGAAGGUGUAGUCUAAGAGUGUCCUCUCUCAGUUCUCUUCAAUUGACUUUCCCAAUUUAAUUAAAAUGGAAAAUUGUAUUUUAACUGCUAGAUCUAAGAAUACCACAACUACUAUAUAGAUUUCCUAAAAUGCAUUCUGAAACACGAAUAGAAGAUAUACUAUCUUAAACUUUGUCAUCAUUAUAUAUUAUCUAAUUUGUGUUUCCGUUAUCCCACAUUUAUUUCAAAAAAGAUACAAAGGGGUUAUUCAACUUCAGUGUUUACAACGAUGAUUACGGCCACAGUAGUCUUUACUUUAUUUACCGUUGCUCAUACAAAGGUUCCAUUUUUUUUAUUACCUCGAGAAGAUGCAAGCACAGGGGAACAAAAUGUUGAUUUGUGCGCCGACUUCUACGAUUUUGCCUGUCGCGCCUGGGCGAACGUCACGGUGCCAUAUAAUCAUUCCGUGUGGAAUAAUUGGGAGAUCAUUACUAAAAAAGUUAAUCGGCAAUUAGAAGAUCUACUGAUCGCAGAUGAACGCUUGGGUAAUGCCCGACAGAUGUACAUGGUGUGCAUCCAAGACGAUCAUCCACAUCGCAAUGUCCAUGUUUUGCAAACGCUGCUCAAAGAUUUAGGUGGAUGGCCAGUAGUGUUCUCGGCUUGGAAUGAAAAAGGGUUUGAAUGGGAAAGAACUGUUGCACAAGUCAUUAGAACUUUAGGUGUAUACCCGCUUUUAAAAAUCCAUGUGUUUGUCGACUUACAAAGUACCAUGAGACAUACUUUAUACGUGGAGCAAGGGGAAUCCAAUUUACCGCCGGCGAUUUUCACUCACAGACACCAACAUUUGCUAGGAGAGUAUAAGAAAUGGAUAUCGAACACACUUAGUCAUUUGUAUCCAGAUAUUCAACUAAACUUCACCACACAAAUCGUUCAAAUGAUCGACUUCGAGUGCGCUUUAAGUAACUUGACAAUCUUUAAAAACAAACACGACGCAAUCGAUAAAGUCCAAUUGUCAAAGCGAUUCGCACUUAAUUGGAAGACUCUCUUUAAGACUUUAUUUCACAAUCAGUCUACAUUCGGAGAAAAAAUAAUAGUGCGAAGUCCCCAGUACAUCAAAGAGCUUGUUCGAUUAAUUUCCGCAACCGACAAACGCACGAUAGCAAAUUACAUUAUGUGGACUGUUGUGCGAGCGUUAUCGCGGGACGUCACCGAUCAUCUGCGUGCUCUAAAUUUCCAAAUGAAUCACGUCGUAUUCGGACUACGUGCGGAUUAUUCGAGACAUUUUGAGUGCACGAAAGAAGUGAUGGAAUAUAUGGAUGUGGUGCUGAUAAAGUCGUACACUCAUCGUUACAUUCCCGAUGGAGCGUUCAUUGCAAUUCGGAAUAUGAUCAUAAAUAUCAAAACGCACUUCAUUAAAAUUUUAAACGAAAACACUUGGCUCGAUAACAGCACAAAAAAAGAUCUAAUAGAGAAAGUUGCCGCCAUAAAGCACGUCAUCGCCUUUAAUAACGAGAUUGAUAGGCAAGCUCAACAACUUCGAAAGUUAACAUUGUCCAAUAAUCAUUUGCUAAACGUCAUCAAACUUUGUUCGUUUAAAAGUAGGUACAAUCUAGAGAAUUUAAACCGAAAGGUAAAUUUUAAGUGGACCGAUUCAUUAUUCGAAGUUAAUGCUUACUACAGCGUACUUCAAAACACAAUUUUUAUACCAGUUGGAAUGUUAGAAUCGCCGUUCUUCAAUCUAUCUGCACCAAUUUUCAGCGCGUAUAAUUACGGGGCGUUGGGAAGCAUAAUUGGUCACGAAAUUUCGCACGCGCUGGACACAUCCGGACGGCACGCAGAUAAGAAUGGGAACGUUGGAAAUUGGUGGCAAAGUGAGGCGAUUCGUAUCUACAAUGAAAAAACGAACUGUUUUGCGGAACAGUCCGGUGCUAGCGAAGACUUGUCGCUAGGCGAAAACAUUGCCGAUAAUGUCGGAUUACGGAUCAGUUUUAACGCCCUAUCGGAUUUGGAGCGUACGACACCGUUUGAAGAUGUGCUGAGUGAGAUAUGUGAAUCUUUAGGUGUGGUGCGAGGCUCGUGGUACAAACGAAAUUGAGGAUGAACACGCACCUGCAAAGGUCAGGGUUCUGACGACGCUGAAUAAUCGGAACGAAUUUUUUAACUCAUUUCAUUGUCCGCAAUACACACAUCAGAAAUGUACUCUUUGGUAAUAAAAUUAAAAAAAUGAUUUUACGUAGGUACACCGCUAGGUGAUGACACCCAUCAAUAUUCUUUUAGGGUUACGUGAUUUAACUUUUUUUUGUUCGACUUGAGAUAGUGGGGAAUGGCAGAGGGCGAGCCGAAGGUGUACGAAGAGAGGUUCUGGAGAUAGGGGUUAGAUGAAACGCCUAAAAAUUUGGUGGAGAGAUGGUUCGUAAAGACAAUAAAGUGCCACCAACCAUAUAUUUAGUAGUGCUGUGAUGUGGGGAGAACUGAAAGGCAGCUAAGACGUGGCAAGCGUUCCCAAGCAAACAAUUUUCAGGGUCAAAGCUCAAAAACUUAUCAUCUGACUGUGUCCCACAGAGCUAAUGUUUAUGAAACCUUUUACGGCAGGACAUUCACAGGAUGUUCUCAAGUGUGAUCUUACUCAGUUACAGUAUUCGGGAAAACAAUUGAAAAAUGAGAUCGCAUUAUAGAUAAAGUUUUGAAUUG